CUGGUUUAGGAUGUUUUUGGGGUUGGCGAAGUUGGUUCAUGUGCUAGCCCAUGCACCAACAAGGGGUUGGGUCUGGCCCAAUUGUGACAGCCCUUGGUUGGUUCCAACCCAAUUUGUUCCACCUGUUCCCCUCUGUUUGUGGAAUUUAUGUUUCUCUCGUUUCUGUUUAUAUAUUCAUGUACCAUAUUAUGCUUCUAAUAGAGUAUUGACUUUCUAUAAUUUUCUAAAUUUUAUUGUAGACAAUCAAUUCUAAUUUAGGAGAUGAAGGAAAGCGAUAUCCCCAAUGAGUAACAUAGAUUUUGCAGACAAAAGAAUUAUGGAGAAAGUUCUUGUGACUCUUCCUAAGAGAUUUGAAUCCAAAAUUUCCUUCCUUGAAGAGUCCAAGGACCUUAGCAGCAUCUCAUUAGUUGAGCUAAUGAGUGCUCUUCAAGCACAAGAGCAAAGAAGGACUCUAAGACAAGAUAAAGUCACUGAAGGUGCAUUUUCUGUGCAUAAGCAACAAUCUAAAAAAGGAAAGAAGCAGAUCUACCAGAAGAAUAAGGGCAAAAAUGGAAGUGGCAUCGAUAGUGAAGGUUCAAAACAGAAGAAUUUUCCACCCUGCAGACACUACAAAAAGACCACACACUUGGAAAAAUAUUGCUGGUGGAGAGCUGAUGUUGUGUGUGGCAACUGCAAAUAGAUGGGGCACAUUAGCAAGGUCUGCAAAACAAAGAACAAAGACUCCAAACCUCAACAAGCACAACUAGCGGAUGCUCAGGAAGAGCAGCUCUUCGCAGUUUCUUGCUUCUCAACU